UAAGUGACAUUUGCCACCGUGAAAAGUAUUUUUCCAUCUUUUGAAGAAAUAUAUCCUGUUCACUCUGGGUAAAACAUGGCUGAAUGCCCUUUCCACUACUUGAGUAUACGAAGAAAGAAAAUUAGAUAUAAAGCAUCUACUUCAUAGCAAUACUAACCAGCAGGCCGUCAGGAUGAAUUCCCUGAUAUUUCGACAUCAUGGAGAGAGAGCGGUUGCCCCGAGAAUGAAACGUGAUGAGUCCCUAAGGGUCAUUCAUCAAGCCCGGCGUCUCAGCGGCGGCCCCAGCCAGGCCACCGGCAUCGGCUGGCGACAGAACUCCAUCACUAUCAGCAGCCUCGCACAGCAGUCAGCCUAUCUAGCCGAGAAGGCCUUCAGGGAGAGAGAGGAAGCUGAAAACUCAUUACAGGCAGAACCAUGUUCCAUUUUCGCACUGUACAGAUUUGCGUUACGAUGGGAGCUAGGGCUGUUGAUAAUAGGUCUUCUGAUGGCCAGCAUCAACGGUCUGUUCGUGCCAAUCGGGGUCAUAGUGUACGGAGAGUUCACGUCGCUGCUCAUCGACCGCACCACGCGCGUCGGCACCUCCACCCCUUGCAUCAUCCUUGCCAUGUUCGGUGGCUGCACGAAACUAUCAAACGCAACUAUUUCUGCAAACAAGGAAGCGUUGAUAGAUGAUUCCAUUGCUUUCGGCAUCGGAUGCGCGGUCACAUCGCUCAUGCAGUUCGUGGUAGCGGCGAUCAGUGUCAAUAUCUUCAACUAUGUGGCUUACAGACAGGUUGAGCGGUUGAAGACUAAAUUUCUGGAGGCAGUUCUGCGUCAGGACAUCUCCUGGUACGACCUGAACACUACCAUGAACUUUGCUACCAAAGUUGCCGAUGACGUGGAGAAGUUCCGAGAAGGCAUUGCAGAGAAGAUCCCCAUGCUUGUUUACUUGGUGAUGUCGUUCGUGACUGCGAUCUUCAUAUCGCUGGCUUACGGCUGGGAGCUCACGUUGGUCAUCCUCUCGUGCACACCCAUCAUCAUCAUCACCACUGCUGUUGUGGCUAAGGUUCAAUCCUCGUUGACUACCAAAGAGUUGUCAGCGUACAGUAUAGCCGGAGUGAUCGCCGAGGAAGUGUUGGGUUCGAUCAGAACAGUUGUAGCAUUUGGAGGAGAGAAAAAAGAAGUUAAAAGGUACUCUCUUCGCCUAGACCCUGCGAAAAAAACAGGAACACAGAAAGGAGUAUUUUCCGGUCUGGGGAGCGGAAUGAUGUGGUUCAUAAUAUACGCGACUUAUGCUUUAGCCUUCUGGUACGGCAUGGACUUGAUCAUUGAGAGUCGGAAAGAAGUAGUACCUGCUUACACCCCUGCUGUCUUGAUGAUUGUCUUCUUCAGCAUUUUGACGGGAGCCCAAAACGUUGGGCUGACGUCCCCCCACAUGGAGGCCAUCAACAGCGCGCGCGCAUCCGGUGGCGCCAUCUACACCGUGCUCGACAGGAAACCAGAAAUCGACGCACUCGGGACGGAAGGGGAGAAACCUGGCCUGACCGGGGAGUUGGAACUUAAAGACGUGUUCUUCAGAUACCCGGCUCGGUCGGACGUACAGGUCCUCAAUGGCAUAAGCCUGAAAAUAAACUCCAACGAGACAGUCGCUCUCGUGGGCUCCAGUGGAUGCGGCAAGUCCACCGUGCUGCAACUGUUGCAGCGGAUGUACGACCCUGACUCCGGCAAGGUGAUGGCCAGCGGACACGACUUGAGGAACAUCAACGUGCGCCAUCUCAGAAACCACAUUGCUGUCGUGGGACAAGAGCCCGUGCUAUUUGCUGGAACUAUUAAGGAGAAUAUCAGAAUGAGUAACCCGGCGUGUACAGACGACGAGAUAAUAGUGGCAGCUAAACAGGCUUACUGCCACAAUUUUAUAAAGAAGUUGCCUAAUGCAUACGAUACAAUGCUCGGCGAGCGCGGCGCUCAACUAUCCGGUGGGCAGAAGCAGCGUAUAGCGAUUGCGCGUGCGCUGGUCCGGAGGCCGAAGAUCCUGAUCUUGGACGAAGCCACCUCCGCCCUGGACUCCCACUCCGAGGCCAAGGUGCAGCGCGCGCUGGACGCGGCGGCGCACGGUCGAACCACCGUCAUGGUGAGCCACAGGCUAGCAACAGUACUAAAUGCGAAUCGGAUAGUGGUCAUGGACAAAGGGGAAGUGAAAGAAGAAGGCACUCAUGAGGAGCUCCUGGCAAAAAAGGGCAUGUACUACAACCUGGUGCUGGAGAAUGACCCAGCAUUGGCUCCAGAAUCACAAAUAGACACCGACAACAAAGGGAAACCACACGCCAAAUUCCAAAGGCGGAAGUUGCAGAAACUGGCUUCAGUGGACUCGAUCAAGAGCACCACUUCGGAAGAGAGUUCAGGGUCAGAGGAGAGCAUAGCACCAGUGGAGAAGCAGAAAGAGAUCCAGCCGACCACGUGGCAAAUCAUGAAGUUAUGCGAGCCAGAGAAAUACUGGAUGCUGGCGGGCGUGGUGGCAGCCAUCAUCGUCGGCGCCUCCUUCCCCAUGUUCGCCAUUCUGUUCGGUGAAACUUACGGCUUACUGGCGAGCCAGGAUGCGGACUGGGUCCGGAGCCAGGUCAACAUCAUCGCGGUGUACUUCCUCCUGGUGGGCCUGUCCACCGGCGUGGCCAUAUUCCUGCAGAUCUACAUCUUCAACUUAACGGGUGUCAGGCUGACCGCGCGCUUAAGAGUGGCAGCCUUCGAGGCUAUGUUGAAGCAAGAGAUUGGCUGGUUCGACAGAGCUGAGAACGGCAUUGGUGCGCUGUGCUCCAGAUUGGCCGCCGAUGCUGCAGCUGUCCAAGGCGCGACCGGGACCCGAAUCGGCGCUCUGAUGCAAGCCGGCGCGACCAUAGUCAUCGGCAUCUCCCUGUCCAUGUACUGGACGUGGCAGAUGACGCUAGUGUCACUGGUAUCCGUGCCCAUGGUGAUCGGCGCCGUGGUGCUCGAGGGCCGUGUGCUGUCUGCCGGCAUGGCGCAAGUCAGGGAGGCGGCCGACAGAGCCACCACUAUAGCAACGGAAGCGAUCACUAAUAUUAGGACUGUCGGCGCUUUUUGUGGUGAGCAAGGUGUCAUAGCGCGGUUCAGCAAAGCUAGCUUGGAGGCGAGAGACAAAGCCAUCAAGAGUAUGCGCUGGCGCGGCUGCGUGUUCGCGUUCGGGCAGACGGCGCCGGUGGCCGGGUACGCGCUGUCUCUGUGGUACGGAGGCACGCUCGUCGCCAACGACACGGUCUCUUAUAAGGAGGUCAUUAAAGUAUCUGAGGCGUUGGUGUUCGGAGCUUGGAUGAUGGGUCAGGCACUGGCGUUCGCGCCUAACUUUGGGGCGGCUGUGAACGCGGCCGGCCGCGUCAUGACGCUGCUGGAGAGAAAGCCGCUGGUGCAAAGCACGCAUGCACCCGCGGUCGCCGAGAGCUACAUCGCGGACGGCAAGAUCCAAUACAAGAACAUAAGGUUCCGGUACCCGACGCGGCGGGAGGUAGAAGUGCUGCGUGGACUGUCACUAGCGAUCCCAGCUGGGAAGAGGAUCGCGCUGGUCGGGCCCAGCGGUUGUGGCAAGUCCACCCUCAUACAGCUGCUGCAACGGUUGUACGACCCUGAUGAUGGCAAUGUGUACCUGGACGACUACAGCAUAACGGCGGACAUGCGCCUGUCGACGCUCCGCGCGAACCUGGGCAUCGUGUCGCAAGAGCCGGUGCUCUUCGACCGCACUAUAUCCGAGAACAUUGCGUACGGAGACAACACUCGCGUGGUCGCCAUCGAGGAGAUCGUCAACGCGGCCAAAGCUGCCAACGUACACAGCUUCAUAUCUGCCUUGCCUUCUGGCUAUGACACGCGAGUAGGCGCCCGCGCGUCGCAGCUGUCGGGCGGACAGAAACAACGAAUUGCGAUCGCGCGCGCACUCGUGCGCAAUCCUAGGGUGCUACUACUCGAUGAGGCUACUUCUGCGCUCGACACUCACAGUGAGAAGGUGGUGCAAGAGGCUCUAGACCACGCGAGCGAAGGCCGCACAUGCCUGAUCAUCGCGCACCGACUGGCGACCAUCCGAAACGCGGACAUCAUCUGCGUGCUUGAAAGCGGCGUCGUCGCCGAAAUGGGCACACACGCGGAGCUGAUGAAGAAGAAGGGGAUUUACGCAAAGCUGUAUGAGCUACAGUGCGGCAUUGAGGAGGAGGAAAGCUCGUCUACGCUUGCGCUGGAACAACAGACUCGAACAGGUCAACAACCUCCACUGGGUCAACAACCUCCAUCAGGCUUACAAAACCCACCACCGACGCCUCCGUCUAACAAUCCUUGAACGUAGGGAUGUUCCUCUUUCUUCUCUUACGGCUUAGAUCAGCGGUUCUCAAAAUGUGCUCCGCGGACUCCGCAUUGAUAUUGAAUAGAAAAGGACUUUCUAGUAACCUUUCAAUGGCUUUAUUUAUUUUGUAAAGGAAUUAUUUGAAACUAUACAAUAUGAACCUUAUUGAAAGUCUACUAAUUAUUUGAAACUAUACAAUAUGAACCUUAUUGAAAGUCUACUAACACUGUCUACACAUAAAUUGAGUUUAAAUUUACGGCUCCGCCAAAUGCUUAACGUUCCAAAAGGGUUCAUUCUUCAAAAAAGUACCGCUGGCUUAGAGUAUCUACGUAUUACUAAAGUUUUCUGACAUUUUAACAAAACACAGGGCUUCUCCUUUUGUAUAUUUUUUUAUAUUUUUGGAAAAUUACGAGAAUUUGUAAUGAUUUUUCGACGGUUUCAUUAAAUCAAUUCCAUCAUUAUAAGUAGGAAUGCGUUUGUGGAGAUGCGCAAGAGUCAAAUAAUAUCUAGUCAAAGUAUAAUAAUCAAAUGCGUUUGUUUACCUUUAGACCUAUUUUCUAAGACUAUAACUAAAUGACCUAAAUCAUUCCCGAGCUCAGAUUUAGCUAUAUACUGAUCUUAAAGUACCCUAAACAUUCCCCAAUGUCCCUAAACCUGACAUUCCCAUAAAUAACCUUAGCCCUAGAAAAUAUACUUGCUUACAUAUUAAGUACUUUAAAUUCCAAUACUAAAACAAUUUUUACAAGCUUAUAUCUUCUUUUUCAGUUACUAACAAUCCAUAACAUACCACAUCCAUUGUUAAAAUUUUUGGAAAAUCUGAAAUAAUGAAAAAAUGAUUUAGUGAAAAAUUAAGAUUAAUACUUAAACUAAAGUAAAUAGAUCGCAAUUAUUACUUUUUAUAUAUGUUAUAUUGUAACUGUAUCACUUUAUGACACGUUACAGAACCUAAUUAUUUUUAUCAAUGUCAAGAUUUUAAUAGUUAUUAUGUAACUUAAUGUAAAGUACCCUGAAUAAUCUGAGUAAGCUUGUAUAUAUUUUCUUAAAACACAGAUUCUUGUGCCCUUAUUUAUUAAAAGUUUAUAUAUUGAAAAAUAUGAUAACUAAGUACUAGUGCCUUCAUUGCCUGCUAAAAGGUGCCUCAAAUUCAUAGAUAAACAUAUGUUAUUAUUGAAAAUGGAGGCUGCGCACACACAAAUAUCACGAUGUAUGUGGCUAUAAAUUUCAUUCAUUCUAGCACGAAUCGUUUGCACGUGCUUACGUUUCACGUCAUCUUGUCCAUUGUUUAACAAACCUAUGGCUUCAGUAUUUUGAAAAGCAUCUUCUUAGCAUUUCUAGAUUAGGAGUAAAUCGUAAAAAUACGUAUCACGUAUACUAUUGUUGUAUUGUUAUCAAAUUGUGCGAUGUUAAUUAUGCUCAAGUGUUUAAAACGACAUAUUUUUAUAUUGUUAUUGUAUUCGAUGUGUUUUGAGAUUUUAAUGUAUUUAUAUAGUGUAGUAUAGGUAUAUUAGAAAUAAAAUUUAAAACACUUGA